UGGAAAGAGUCAGAAGAAGAAGGCAAAUUAUAAAAAAAUAGAAAAUUUAAAAAUGAAGACCAAUGAGAAGUUGCUCAGCAUUAGUCAUUGUAGAACAAACGAAAAGUGGGGAAAGCAGCCCUUUAAGGUCACGUGGGCAGAGUGUACCUGUGAGGUCACGUGACAAGAAUUGACCAGAUAUCAGUCAGACAGUUGAGAUAUUCAGCACAAUAAAGAGAAACUACAAGACUGACCGCCCAUUAAAUCUCGGGGCAGAACCAUGAAAUAAGACGGUUGAUUCCGGUGGGAUCCUGGGAGUUGUAGUUUUCAGCUGUGACUCGUAUAAAUGCCCCAAGCUUGGCAGUUACACGUCCCUGAGUCUGUGACGUGUCAGCUGCUCGUACCUGAGACCCCACGGAUCCCUCCCACUCCCGACCUGCCUGGCACAUACACGUUACUCUCAUCCUCCUCAAGCGCCGGACUAAGAUGCUGCCGCGCUGAAUUGUGGGAAAUAGAGUUCCAGGACGUCUCCAAGCAACGCCGAGCGCCACUACCGGAACUACAUUUCCCGGGAACGCGCGUUUCCCUGGCAGCGGCAGAAUAACGAGUGAGAUGGUGCCGACGUUCGACGAUGUGGCGGUGUAUUUCUCCCGGAGCGAAUGGAAGAGCCUAAGUGCCUCCCAGAGGGAGAUGUACAAGAGCGUCAUGACUGAGAACUACCAGUGUGUGCUUUCCCUGGGUUAUCCAAUCAGAAAGCCGGAAAUUGUAUCUAUGAUGGAGGUGGGAGAAGAGCUGUGGUCCAAGAAUGAUUCUGCUCGUCCUGGACAGAAGGAGGUGGAGGGUGAAACACCCAAGGAGUCUGAUUGGGCAGCAGAGAAUUGCAAGCGAGCACAAAUGCAUAAAGAGGUGCUGGAUCUUGAUACUUUGGCUGCAGUAAAGUCGGAGCCAGUGGAGGAGGGAAGUAACUCGGCAAAGAAGAGCCAUAUCUGUAGUCACUGUGGCAAGCUCUUUAGCUGUUAUGCAGCUGUGGUCAGACACCAAAGGAUGCACCAACUGCAGAAGUCGCAUCACUGUCCCCACUGCAAGAAAAGCUUCGUACAGAGGUCUGACUUCAUUAAGCACCAAAGGACCCACACUGGAGAGAGGCCGUAUCAGUGCGUGGAGUGCCAGAAGAAAUUCACAGAGCGAUCGGCCCUCGUCAACCACCAGAGGACGCACACGGGUGAGAGACCUUACACCUGCCUGGAUUGCCAAAAAACCUUUAAUCAGAGAUCAGCCCUAACCAAGCACCGCAGGACGCACACUGGGGAGAGACCUUACCGCUGCUCAGUGUGUAGCAAGAGCUUCAUCCAGAACUCCGACCUGGUGAAACACCUGAGGACGCACACCGGGGAGAAACCAUACGAAUGUCCUUUGUGCGUUAAAAGGUUUGCCGAAAGCUCGGCACUGAUGAAGCACAAGAGGACGCACAGCACACAUCGGCCCUUUAGGUGCUCAGAGUGCAGCAGAAGUUUCACACACAAUUCUGAUCUCACCGCACACAUGAGGAAACAUACAGAGUUUAGAAACGUUCUCAAUCUAGACUCUGUAGUCGGUACCGACCCAUUAAGCUCACAGAAUGUUGCCUCCAGUCCGUAUUCCUGUUCCAAAUGCAGGAAGACAUUCAAACGGUGGAAGUCUUUCCUGAACCACCAGCAGACACAUUCCAGAGAGAAACCCUAUCUGUGCUCCCAUUGCAACAAAGGCUUCAUUCAGAACUCUGACCUGGUGAAGCACUUUCGCACCCACACCGGGGAGAGGCCGUAUCAGUGCGCUGAGUGUCACAAAGGCUUUAUCCAGAAAUCUGACCUUGUGAAACACUUAAGAACCCACACAGGGGAAAAACCCUUCAAGUGCUCCCACUGCGACAAAAAGUUCACAGAGAGAUCGGCACUGGCAAAGCAUCAAAGGACUCACACUGGGGAGAAACCAUACAAGUGCAGCGACUGUGGCAAAGAGUUCACUCAACGCUCCAAUCUAAUUUUGCACCAGAGGAUCCACACUGGUGAGCGGCCAUAUAAAUGCACCCUCUGUGACAGAACUUUCAUCCAGAACUCAGACUUGGUGAAACAUCAGAAGGUGCACGCAAAUUUGCCGCUCUCCGACCCUCAUACCGCAAAUUCUCCACACAAAUGUUCCAAAUGUGACCUGACUUUUAGCCACUGGUCGACCUUUAUGAAGCAUUCAAAGUUGCACAGUGGGGAGAAGAAGUUUCAGUGUGCAGAGUGCAAAAAAGGCUUCACCCAGAAGUCUGAUCUGGUGAAACACAUCCGUGUUCACACCGGGGAGAAACCCUUCAAAUGCCUUCUGUGUAAGAAAAGCUUCUCCCAGAAUUCUGACCUGCACAAACACUGGAGAAUUCACACUGGAGAGAAGCCCUUCCCGUGUUACACAUGUGAUAAAAGCUUCACAGAGAGAUCAGCUCUUAUUAAACACCACAGAACUCACACAGGGGAGCGGCCGCACAAGUGCAGCGUGUGCCAGAAAGGCUUCAUCCAGAAAUCUGCACUCACCAAGCACAUGAGGACCCACACAGGAGAGAAACCCUACCCCUGCACCCAGUGUGGCAAGAGUUUCAUUCAGAACUCCGACUUGGUGAAACACCAGAGGAUCCACACAGGAGAGAAACCAUAUCACUGUACCGAAUGUAAUAAGCGAUUUACCGAAGGCUCGUCACUGGUGAAGCACCGGCGAACCCACUCGGGGGAGAAACCAUAUCGGUGCCCACAAUGUGAGAAAACCUUCAUCCAAAGCUCAGACCUUGUUAAACACCUUGUGGUUCACAAUGGAGAAAACCCACCUGCUGCCACGGCGUUCCAUGAAAUCCUCAUAAGACGGGAGAAUCUGACAAGGAGCGAGCCUGAUCCCUAUCCGUGCACAGAGUGCGGCAAGGUCUUCCACCAGAGACCCGCCCUCCUCAAACACCUGAGAACUCACAAGACCGAAAAACGGUAUCCAUGCAACGAGUGUGACAAGAGUUUCUUCCAGACCUCUGACUUGGUUAAACACCUGCGAACGCACACAGGGGAGCGGCCGUACCAUUGUCCUGAGUGCAACAAAGGUUUCAUCCAGAACUCGGACCUGGUGAAGCACCAGAGGACACACACUGGGGAGAGACCCUACACCUGCAGCCAAUGCGACAAAGGCUUCAUACAGAGAUCUGCCCUGACAAAGCACAUGCGAACUCACACCGGGGAGAAACCAUAUAAGUGUGAGCAGUGCCAGAAGUGCUUCAUUCAGAACUCUGAUCUGGUCAAGCACCAAAGGAUCCACACUGGGGAGAAACCCUAUCACUGUCCGGACUGUGACAAGCGCUUCACUGAAGGCUCUUCACUCAUUAAGCACCAAAGGAUUCACAGCAGGAUCAAACCCUACCCAUGCGGCGUGUGCGGCAAAAGCUUCAGCCAAAGCUCCAACCUCCUCAAACACCUGAAAUGCCACAGUGAACAGAACCCUCCUGUUGCUCUUAGCUCAGAACUGGGAUUUGUAGCGGAGACACAGACACAUCCUGAUCCGGUGGAUCAUAUUGUUUAUGGUGAUACCGCUAGUUACAUUUCACCUGAGGCCGCGGGGGAGAGGUCGUUUAAAUGUAACGACUGUGGGAAAUGUUUCGCUCACAGAUCGGUACUUAUCAAGCACGUGCGAAUCCACACGGGGGAACGGCCAUACAAGUGCUCCCAGUGCACCAGAAGCUUCAUCCAGAAGUCGGACCUUGUCAAGCAUUAUCGAACCCACACCGGGGAGAGGCCGUACAAAUGCGGGUUGUGCGAGAGGAGCUUUGUGGAAAAGUCUGCCCUUUCCAGACACCAGAGGGUUCACAAAAAUGAGAGCCCGGUUCUGAAUUCUGCCAUGGAACAGCAACAGGUUACUUACUGGGGCGAGUCUAAAGAUGAUCCAAACAGUCUGGUUCCACAGCUCCAUGUCAUUAAAGAAGAAGAGAGUCCACAUAUAGUAAACGCAUACAGCCCACUUAGUAUUCUGCAGAGCUAUUUCCCCCCUAUACUAGAACCCAAGGGAACCCCACGAUAUUCCUGCUCAGAGUGCGGCAAAUGCUUCACACACAGGUCCGUGUUUCUCAAGCACUGGCGCAUGCACACGGGGGAACAGCCGUACACUUGCAAGGAGUGUGGGAAGAGCUUCAGUCAGAGUUCUGCCCUAGUGAAACAUGUGCGCAUACACACUGGGGAGAAACCCUAUGCCUGUUCCACCUGUGGGAAGAGCUUCAUUCAGAAAUCGGACCUGGCCAAACACCAGCGGAUUCACACGGGGGAGAAGCCUUACACAUGUACUGUGUGCGGGAAGAAAUUCAUUGACCGCUCAUCAGUGGUCAAACACUCCAGAACCCACACGGGAGAGAGGCCAUAUAAGUGCAACGAGUGCACCAAAGGCUUUGUCCAGAAGUCCGAUCUGGUGAAACACAUGAGAACUCACACGGGGGAGAAACCCUAUGGGUGCAACUGCUGUGACCGCAGCUUUAGCACCCACUCUGCCUCAGUCCGGCACCAGCGCAUGUGCAACACCGGGAGACCCUAUCAGGAUGAGGAGUAUGAGAACAGCUUGUUUUAUAGCGCUGAUAUCACUUGGAAGGGAGAUUAUGCACAGUUGCUCCAAAUACCAUGUGGCUUAGAAGAACCAAUGAAGGCAAUUGGUUGGAUUUCUGAAGUCGCUCUGUAAAUAAAUUUGUUUCAUUUCA